AUGAUAGCACCAUCUGAGUUUGCUUGGGAUUUUGAAGUUUGUGAGCUAUAUAAUACAGCUGUAGAGAAGAAAGAUCAAGAAUCCAUCAAUGCCAUGUUUCGAGAACUCCAUGAAUCAUGUAUCAAUCCCCAAAAUAAUAAUAAAGUAACUAAAAGGAAACGACCAGAAGAAGAAGCAUUAAGAUCUAGUGUCAGGCAGAGUGAAGGUGCAUUCCGUUAUAAGGAAAUUGUGGUUAAAAAACAUACAAACUAUAUGCAGUUUGUCUUGGUUCCAAACCCUUCUAAACAAAACAGUUUAACAAUUGAGGCAAUGAAAGAAUUAAAAGAUGCUUUCCUAUUGGCAAAACGAGAUUCUAACUGUAAAGCUGUGCUUCUGAACAGCAGUGGCUCAUACUUCUGUAGUGGAAUUGAUCUUUCACAGUUAAUAGGGGCUAACAAGAAACAAGCUGCAGAUGAAAUGGCUACAACCAUUAAGGAUCUUGUUAUUACUCUGGGACAUUUUACUAAACCAGUAAUAGCAGCUGUAAAUGGAACUACUAUUGGUUUUGGAGUUUCUCUGCUAACAUUUUGUGAUGUAAUUUUGGCAAGUGAUAAAGCAACUUUUAGUAUCCCUGCUACACGGUUAGGUUAUUUGCCAGAAGGUGGCAUUACCCUUACACUUCCUCAACUUGUAGGAGCAGGAGUGGCCACGGAAAUGUUGCUACAUGGACGCCGUUUAACUGCUGAGCAAGCAUUACGACAUGGGUUGGUUUCUGAAGUUUUAUGGCCUACUCAUUUAAUGAAUGAAGUAAUGCCUCGUAUACAGACCAUUGUCUCUCAACCACUUUCGGUAAUGGAAACCCUGAAGUCGAUGGUCCGCUGUCACCUCUGGGACAAACUGAAGUCGCACCUCGAACGCGAAUGUCGCCUCCUCCCGCCCUUCUGGCUGGAUGCCCAAUGUCAGCACAACAUUAAAAGGACCCUCCAGACGGGAUGGCUGGUCGACUAGCAACUUUUAUCGCCUCUUUUCUGUUUACAUUUUGUUUUGAAGAUAAUUUUGUUUAACAUGUAGAGUAAAUGGGCUGUCUUAUAAAAGGCGCAGGUUUUGGAUUGCACAGCAAGUUUAUUAUUAUAAUAAUUAUUUAUUAUUAUUAUUAUUAUUAUUAUUAUUAUUAUUACUGUCAGCACUUUUUGUACUAGUUUCAUUACCUACUAUCACUCCGAAUAAUUGAGCGUAUGUUGUUUUUAAGUUUUAAAUGCCAUGAAGUGGUUCGCUAAGGAGCAACGCGUCGUAACUGUGAAAACUCAUUAUAAAAACAGAAUGUACGAUUCGUAAAUUUCUCGCUUUCUUAUGCCUUCUGUGGAUCAAAUGAGUGCCAUGAAUCUACAACAUUGUUUCAUGAAAGUUUCCCGAGUUCAUGAUCUGACUUUGUGGCAAUGCCCAGAAAUGGCUUGCAAGGUCUUGUGACUUCAUAUCUUGAAUUUUUUUUUUUUUUUUUUAUGUGAUUACGUUAAGAUGUUAAGGGAAGACCUGGAAAAGUUCCAGACAUUUCUGGAAAUCAAGAGAUAAAUUCAACUGACCAUUGGCGAAAUCAACAAAGAAGUUUGUGAAACCGUCGUCGGAACUUUCCCGGCAGAAUAACUAACUAAUCGCCAGCCAAAAAAGAAGAGGUAGACGUAUGUUAGAUAUCGUUUUCCAGUAUUAAAUCGGAGUGUAUACAUAGGAAGAAACACAAAUUUUGAUCUUUUUUUACGCCGCUUUGACUGAUUUAUUGAAUUUUUAAAACCUGCGCAAUUUAUGAGACACCCUGUAUUUCUUGCCUAAAUAACAUUCUGUACAUUUGAUGAUCCACCUAACGGGGCAUGGAUAUACUUUGGAGUUGCGUUUAAUGAGAGCAGUCUUGACUUCCCAAGUUUUCCGAAGUAUGAAUAUUACAGAUGACUUUGAAAUCUAUUUAUUUUUUCACUAUAAUCUUUUUUUACGCCGCUUUGACUAAUUUAUUGAAUUUUUAAAACCUGCGCAAUUUAUGAGACACCCUGUAUUUCUUGCCUAAAUAACAUUCUGUACAUUUUGAUGAUCCACCUAAAGGGGCAUGGAUAUACUUUGGAGUUGCGUUUAAUGAGAGCAGUCUUGACUUCCCAAGCUUUUCCGAAGUAUGAAUAUUACAGAUGACUUUGAAAUCUAUUUAUUUUUUCACUAUAAUACUCAAAGAUGAAUUUUAUUCAUAAACAAAUAACUUUUGCUCAAAUUUUAAAACACGACUUUCAUGUUAUGCACAUUUUCCAUAAUGUAUAAAAAACACAGUUGUUUGAAUAGACCUGCAUUUUAUUUUAUGCAAGGAAUGUUAUGAAUAAUCAUGUAUAUUUUUCUACUAUUUCAUUAAAAUAUGUUAUGCAAACA